ACGGCCAUGGCGUUAAACUUCCCCCAGAAAAUUGGUGGACAUCGGAACUUCAGGGAAAUUGCGUCAUCUCCCCUUCGUUCUCGUUUUCGGGGGUCUCUGGUUGGUGCAGUGGUUGGGGACUGCCUGGGGGCGGUCUUCGAGGACGCCUGGACAAUACCACAACACAAAAAACUCUUUGGGUUCUUUGAGAAAGUGGAUGCAGUGAAAACGACGAAGGGUAAAUCAUGUGUUGUAUUGAGAAAGUUCACCGAUGACACAGCGAUGGCACGCUCAGUAGCAGCCUCCCUGGUUGAGAAGCGAUCAUUCUGUGCGGAGAAUAUGGCGGCUAGGUUCCAAGAGGAAUACUUUGCUGAACCAUUCCGGGGUUACGGUGGAAAUGUGCUGACCGUAUUUGCGGCAUUGAGGGAUCAAACAUAUCAAGAUGUUUACGAAGCAGCUUCACGGCAGUUUGGUGGACAGGGGUCUUAUGGGAAUGGUGGUGCGAUGAGGAUAGCCCCGGCUGCUUUGUUUGGUUACAACUAUGAUGGUGACGAGGACGAUUUACAGGAUUUAGCGGAGAAUAUCACCCGUCUCACUCACAGUCACCGGGAUGCCAUCAAUGGUGCCAUCCUCCAGUGUUAUGCUGUUCAUCUUGCCCUCCAUCUAGACAACAGUCAAACCCUCAAUCGUCACAAGUUCAUUGAUAAACUGAUUUCUCUGAUGAGCCGAAUUGAAGAUGGUGGUGUUACAGCGUCAGAUGGUUCACCGCAAAGGAAGAAGGUGAAAGAGUCAAAGCCUUUCACUGAGAAGUUGGCAGUUGUCAAGGAUUAUAUGGAGAAGGAUGUGUCUGCUGUGGAUGUUGAGGAAAACUUAGGAAACGAUGUUUCAGCCCUGAAAUCAGUCCCUGCUGCUAUUUUAUCAUUUUUAAGAGCAAAUCAAGCUUGUUUUAUUGAGCGAGACAAUCCAUUUGAGAGGACAAUAAUCUUCGCCAUCAGCCUAGGUGGCGACACUGACACCAUCGCUACGAUGGCUGCAGCAAUAGCUGGUGCGUUCUACGGCAUGGAGCACAUUCCCCAGCACUGGCAGGACCAGUGUGAAGGCAUUGAUACUGCUAUCAAGUUGGCUGACCAGCUCCAGGCGAUCUGUCAGAAAUCUGUGAAAUGAAACUGACGAUGAUGUUACAUAGGACAAAAACCUGGGCAGUCAUUGUUGGGAUGAUCAAGACAUUUCUUAGAGUCAGAGAACGUCGCAAAAACAUUCAGGAUCAAAGUCUAUGAAGGCACAGGAUAUGAUCAAAGUCAAGACGGUCUAUGAAGGCACAGAAUAUGAUCAAAGUCAAGGUGGUCUAUGAAGGCACAGGAUCUGAUCGAAGUCAAGGUGGUCUAUGAAGUCACAGGAUAUGAAUUUGAAAGUGUUAUAGCCAGUGGACUCGAAGUGAUGACACCCUGUGUUGAACAUGUAUUAUAGAACUUUCUGACAGAGGAAAUCUUUCCCCAACUUGUUGUAUUGACAAGGAUGAGAGAUUUGUUGGACGCCUUUGAGAGAGUUGUGCCUGUUCUGACAGCCCUUAUGUCGUCACUACUUACUCUCUGUUCUUUCAGUCACGGGUCAUGCUGUUUUUUCAUGCUGACCGAGCUCAUUCUCUUAUAGCUCAUCAUACUGUCUUCAGAUUCCUGCUCAGGUUUCUGUCUCAGUUCAUACUCUCCCUCUCCUUGUUAAUACUGUCCCUCGCUCAGUUCAAAUGAUCCCUUGCUUCAUAUUGACUCAGUUCAUACUGUCAUAGCUCAUUUGUGUCAAGAUUCCAUGGUCACUAGACCUAGUUUAUACAGCUCAUUUUACAUUUAUAUGUAUACAUGAUUAUAAUAUUUAUAAGUAUGAAUAAAAUAUUACAAUUAAUAUGUGA